AUGUGUGAUUUGAAAUCCCUCGAAACAUUUAUUCUUUCUGGUUGUUCAAGACUCGAAGAUUUUCCUGAGAACUUUGGGAACUUAGAAAUGUUAAAGGAACUUCACGCAGAUGGUAUUCCUGUAAGAGUACUACCCUCCUCUUUUUCGCUCUUGAGAAACCUUGAAAUAUUAUCCUUUAAGGGAUGUAGAGGACCCCCAUCUACCUCAUGGUUGUUGCCAAGAAGAAGUUCAAGUUCUACUGGUUCCAUAUUGCAUCAUUUGUCAGGUUUAUAUUCUUUAACAAGGCUAAACCUAGGUUAUUGUAAUUUAUCAGAUGAAACAAACCUUAGCAGUCUUUGCCUCUUAUCUUCAUUGGAAGUGUUAGAUCUAUCUGGGAACAACUUUGUUACUUUGCCAAACAUCAGGGGACUUUCUAGCCUAGAAGGUCUGUUGUUGGAGAAGUGUAAAAGACUGCAAGUACUGCCAGAACUUCCAUCAAGCAUAUAUAGUUUAAUUGCACAAGAUUGCAUAUCAUUGGAAAAUGCCUCAAAUCAAGUACUCAAGUCACUCUUUCCAACUACAAAGUCCCCGAAGAAAACUUUCAAGCGUAAUUCGGGUGCACACUUGAUAUAUGUGAUGGUUUAUGGGAGUAGAAUACCAGAUUGGGUAAGGUAUCAGAGCUCAGGGUGUGAAGUAGAAGCAGAUCUACCUCCAAAUUGGUAUAAUUCCAACUUGCUGGGUCUUGCUUUGAGCUUUGUCACUUAUGUUUUCGCAUCUAAUGUAAGAAUUCCAGUAUCGUAUACCUUGCGCUAUUCAACAUCCAGUUACAUUGCUAACCGCAUUAGUAUCAGAUGUGAUAAGGAAGGUGUAGGGUUAGAUCACGUGUGGCUACUUUAUAUAAAACUCCCCCUCUUCAGCAAUUGGCAUAAUGGAACUCCCAUAAAUUGGCAUGAAGUGACUCACAUCGGUGUAUCAUUUGGGACUCAGGUCAUGGGGUGGUAUCCUCCGAUUAAGAGGUGUGGGUUUGAUCUAGUGUACAGUAAUGAUCAAGACGUGAAUCCCCCAGUGAUCCAAUUCAGCUCUAUCUCCUCUCCUCCUCUUCCGAACAAGUCAACAGUAGUCCUUAAAGAAAUCCAUGAGGAUGAGGAGGAACUCAGUGGAAGUGGGUUGUCGAAUGUUGAUGGCUCAGAAUCAGACAGCUCUGAUUACCAUACUGUUGAUGAGGAGGAACUCACUACUGCAACUGCAAUUGACCGCUCAGAGGAUCACUCUUGUUAG